UUUGUUUAGUGUUGCUAAUCGCGGUUCCUGAGAGCACAUUUCUACAUCCUCGUUGUUGUCAAGUUUUUCAACUUUUGAAGUUCAUAUUUGUGUUGAUUAUAUAUAUUAUAUUUGUGGUUAAUUACUUGCUGUUAUUUCUGUUAAUUUCUUCUGCAUUUCUGCAAUUUAUUGCAUUCAUUGAUCUGUUGUUAUUGUUGCAGGGGCAUCAGAACGCAGCCGAGUCAACAUGCCGUGUGUUCAUUAUAAGUUUUUCAGUAAACUAACACACGACACGGUGAUCUUUGAUGGCCUUCACAUCACUCUCGGAGAUUUGAAACGCCAAAUCAUGAGACGAGAGAAACUGAAGCGCUGCGAUCUGAGCAUCAAAAACGACCAAACCAAUGAAGAAUACACUGAUGAUGCGGACAUCAUCCCCAGUUACACCAUGGUGACCGUCAGACGAAUCCCUGGAACUGGACUAAAAUCCACAUAUAACAGACAUGCCAAUAACUGUUCUAAACCAUCCAGUGGAUCUUCAAAAGCAGUAUGUAAACAAUAGUGUUGACUCGGUUGU